AUGCCACGAUCCCAGAAACCGAAGCCCGCACGCAGCGUCCGGGGUAAUGCACCGACAUUCAGCAAACCACCCAGAAAGACACCAACGGGCAUACCAAGAGUCAUGCGCAACCGCUGGGAGCAGUAUGUAUAUGACAAGUAUGGAGACGGGCCAGCGUUCGAAGAAAUUUACAUCUCCGACGAGCAGCUGAACAAACACCUUCGGCUCCUCAAUAUACCGGAGUCACAGCUCGCGGAUUACAGACGCGAGUAUGACACAUUAUGGGAGGGGCAUCUUGAUAGUAACGGUGGAAAGGUCAUUUGCCAAGGUAUGAAACCGUGGCCAGACGCGGACCCCAGCACGGACCACAUUUGUGUCGUUCACAUUCCCGACAAAAAAGACCUCGUGAUCAGAAUAUGGGACGGCGGUCUUGAAGAGGAAGGUCAAUUCUGUUUGGACGUUUACGACAUGGACGCACAGAUAGCUAUCAACACGUCGGAACUUGGCUUCUCCUUUAAUGUUGUUCCAUUAGCAGGAACACUCUCGGUUCUUUGCGGUGGCCGCCUCCAAAGUUGGGAGGCCAGAACAGGCUGUACGCCAGAGCAGAUUUUGCCGGGAGAAGAGCGAUUUAGCGUGAUUGAGGGUGCUUACCUUGCUCUUUGUCGGCCCAAUCUUGAUCCUUUCUGGUUCAAGAUACCUACGAGGAAUCGUGUACCUCCUGGUAUAGAACAGGCUGCAUCGCCUGUUCCUCUGUACUGA